AUCUAGAUCUAGUAACAUACAUCGUUCGCGUGUUCUUUACGGGGAGCAGAGAGGGAAAUAUUCACACACCUGUUGUUGGUUGGAACACCUCUCGAGGAUUAUUAUAGUUGGACUUGGACGAGGGUCAUUAUUUUACCAUCAUCAUGAUUCGCAACCGCCAAAAGCCCGGAUUUUACCACACGGAGCUGGUCAGUGUUUCUUGGGAUGUGCCCGUGAGGUACAAGAGGCUGUGUCCGGUGGGCAGCGGCGCUUAUGGACAAGUCUGCUCAUCAACUUGUUAGACAUCUUCACGCCAAACCGCUCUCUGGCUGACUUCAACGAUGUAUACCUGGUGACCCCUCUCAUGGACUCUGACCUUCACAACGUUCUCAAGAGCCAGACGCUGCAUGAUGAACAGAUCAAGUUCCUGCUCUAUCAGAUACUGCGGGGGUUAAAGGAUCUGAAGCCCAACAAUAUUGGUGUCAACCAAAACGUGGAACUGAAGAUCCUGGACUUUGGCCUGGCCAGAUCUAACGCCCAGGAGAUGACCGGCUACGUUGUGUGCCGCUGGUACCGCGCCCCCGAGAUCAUCCUCAGCUGGAUGCACUACAACGAGAAAGACAUCGACCAGCUGAACAAGAUCCUGUGCCUGGUGGGGAAACCUUCGGAGGAGUUCAUCAAGAAAAUCAACAGCAAAGACGCUCAAAACUACAUUCGGUCUCUUCCCAACUUCAAGAAAAAAGAUUACCGUUCCUACUUCUCUGGAGCUAACCACCUAGCUAUUGACCUUCUGGAGAAGAUGCUUGACCUUGACCCCGACACGCGGAUCUCGGUGGACGAGGCGUUCAAACACCCGUACAUCGUGAGCUACCACGACCCAGACGACGAGCCCACGGCACCACACUUUGACGACUCGUUUGAGAGUCUCAAGCUCAACGCUGAGGGCUGGAGAG